CCAUGUCCACCGCCACCGCCGCCGCCGCCUCGACCUCCCUCUCUCCUUCCACCCGAAGCCGAUCGUCGCCAUCUUCCAGGAUCCUGGCGACCCCCCGCAGAUCUCUUCCUGCCAGGCUCUUAUCCUCAUCCCCUUCCCAGUUUCCCCUUGGCCCGGUCUCCGCCAUGGCCACUCCGGGCGAGGUGGAGUCCAGGAAGAAGCUCCUCAUAUUCGACGCCGAGGAGGACCUCGCGGCGUCGCUGGCUGAGCACACGGCGGGGCUCUCGGAGAAGUUUGUCGCCGAGAGGGGCGCCUUCGCCGUUGUUCUCUCCGGCGGCUCUCUCAUCAAGGCUCUCAGGAAGCUGGCGGAGCCGCCGUACCUGGACGCGGUGGACUGGAGCAGAUGGCACGUCUUCUGGGCGGAUGAACGGGUGGUGCCAAAGGACCACGCAGAUAGCAACUACAAGCUCGCCAUGGAUGGGUUUCUCUCUAAGGUGCCGAUUCCUGCUAACCAAGUUUAUGCCAUGAAUGACACACUGACAGCUGAGGGGGCUGCGGCUGACUAUGAAGCUCGUUUAUAUCAACUUAUUAAGAAUGGUGUGGUCGCAUUGUCACCAGUAACCGGGUUCCCAAAGUUUGAUCUUAUGCUUCUGGGGAUGGGCCCUGAUGGCCAUAUCGCCUCCCUCUUCCCUGGCCAUCCUAUUGUCCAUGAGAACCAGAAGUUAGUCACCUAUGUCGAGGAUUCUCCAAAGCCACCGCCAAAGAGGAUAACAUUCACAUUCCCCGUGAUCAAUUCGUCCGCACAUAUUGCACUCAUGGUCACUGGUGCUGGGAAAGCUGGUGCAGUUCACAAAACGCUUUCGGGCAAAGAAGGUUCAUCAGAUUUGCUGCCUGUUGAGAUGGUUGAGCCACAAGACGGAGAGAUGACUUGGUUCACCGACAAGCCAGCUGUGUCCAUGCUGUCGAGCAUCUGAAGCUCGUUGCGUUAUAUACAUUUGAAACUUGCACCAUAAGGCCCCACUCAGAAUGGAUGUAAAAUUAGUGUGCCACCAACAUUUCGUUCAACUUUGAGCUAAAUACCGUGGCCACACUAGUUUUACAUCCAAUCCAAGCAGCCCCUUAUUAGUAUGAAGAUUGAGAGGAAUUUCCAUUAGAUCCGUACUUGCAACACUCCCAUGUGGGUUAUUUGAGCUGAUUUUGUAGCAUAUAGUGCAGCGUAUAUGUGCGGCACACGUCGGUUUCUUUACAAUAUAUGAAUCAAAGUAGCCAUUUUAAAGGGAUAUUUGUUCCUCGGGUAUGUAGAUCAGUGUUCAUAGAUGGUAUUGAAUAUGGCGAUGUUAUAUACUGUUAUUUGCCA